AUGGCCAAAUACGAAUGUACUGCAGAAGUGACUAGCUUUUUAACUGAACUUCCAAAAUGUGAACACCAUUUGCACUUGGAAGGUACGCUAGAACCUGAAUUAUUGUUCCCAUUGGCCAAGCGUAAUGGAAUUGUUUUGCCUGAUAACUUUCCUAAGGAUGCAGAGGAGUUACAGAAGAUUUACAGCAAUUUUGCCGACUUGCAAGACUUUUUGAACUACUACUACAUUGGAUGCAACGUUCUAAUUAGUGAGGACGAUUUCUUUGAACUAGCCUGGAGCUACUUCAAGAGAGUUAGUUCUCAAGGUUUGAAACAUGCAGAGGUCUUCUACGACCCUCAAUCUCAUACUUCUAGAGGCAUCUCCCUGGAAACUGUUACUCGUGGUUUCCAGAGAGCCUGUGAGAAGGCACAAAAAGAAUUCAACAUCAGUUCCAAAUUGAUUAUGUGCAUGUUGAGACACUGUCCUGUUGAAGAAUGUUUGGAUUUGGUCAAAAGUGCUAAGACUUUGAUUGAGAACAAUGUUAUCUCUGGGUUAGGUCUUGACUCUGCUGAGAAGCCAUUCCCACCAGAACUCUUCGUUGAGUGUUACCAACUUGCAAAGAGUUACAACUCAAAUUUACAACUCACUGCACAUGCUGGUGAAGAAGGUGGUCCAGACUAUGUGAAGAACUCAUUAGACUUGUUGGAAACUACCAGAAUUGACCACGGUGUUAGAAGUAUUGAGGAUAAGGAAUUGAUCAAGAGAUUAGCUGACCAGAAGACUAUGUUGACUGUAUGUCCUUUAUCCAACGUUAAGCUACAAGUUGUUAAGGAUGUUUCGGAACUUCCAUUGCAAGAACUUUUGGACAACAAUGUUCCUUUCUCCAUUAACUCUGAUGAUCCAGCCUAUUUUGGAGGUUAUAUUCUACAAAACUAUCUAGAAGUUUACACAAGAUUUGGCUGGACAAAGGCUGUCUGGGCCAAAAUUGCCAAGCAAAGUAUUGAAGGCUCAUGGUGUGAUGCUAAGAGAAAGGCGGAACUUCUAGCUGAGGUUGAGGCAGUUGUUAACAAGUAUCCAAACUUGUCAUGA